UCAUCACCGGAAUUCAUCGAAAAAAAACUGCUAUUCAAGUUUUAAAUUUCUUUCCUUAAAAGUGUCGUGAUCUCUGGAUAUAUAGUGAAAACCCCCUUAAGGAUAUCAAAAAUGGGGGGCUAAAUAAUUUUCAGUGUUUAGUUUUUGUUCCGCAAGUUGAAUGAUCUACGAACAUGCUCCAUCAGUGAGCUUUUUCUCCCCGAUAAGGCCGAAGCGCACUUCAGCGCGGCGGGGUGGCCCCAAUGCCAGCCAGGAAGGGCCUCCUCGCCCCCCAGAAUACUUUCCUUGACACCAUCGCCACACGUUUCGAUGGAACACACAGCAACUUUGUGUUGGGAAAUGCGCAGGUGCCGACGAUUUAUCCGAUCGUCUACUGCUCCGAUGGAUUCUGUGAGCUGACAGGAUUUGCGCGAGCGCAAAUCAUGCAAAAAGGUUGCGCUUGCAAAUUUCUAUAUGGUCCGGAAACGAAAGAAGAAGAAAAGGCAAUGAUCGACAAAAGCCUCGAGAGCAAAACCGAACUCAAGCUGGAGGUGACCUUUUACAAAAAGAGCGGUAGUCCGUUCGACUGCCUACUCGAUAUCGUGCCAAUAAAAAACGAGAAAGGUGACGUCGUCCUCUUUCUGGCCUCACACAAGGAUAUAACGCAUACAAAAAAUCUUCAGCUCUGUGAGUUAUACGACAGUGAUGCAAAUGGCAAUCUCGACCCCGAAGCUCCGCCAGCCAAUUAUGGCAGAAGAAGAAGUCGUGCCGUCCUAUAUCAAUUGUCAGGCCAUUAUAAGCAGGACAGUAAACAUAAAAUUAAGCUAAAUAGUACUCUCCUUCAUUCCACGGCGGCGCCGCUUCCAGAAUAUAAGACCUCAGCAAUUAAAAAAUCCCAAUACAUCUUAAGCCAUUAUGGGAUUUACAAGACGUGUUGGGAUUGGCUUAUUCUCAUAGCAACAUUUUAUGUAGCAGUGGUGGUACCUUACAACGCAAGUUUCAUUAACACUGACAGGCCUACGAUGGUCAGCGAUGUCGUCGUCGAGGCUCUCUUCAUUACCGAUAUCAUUUUCAACUUUCGAACAACGUACGUGAACAGGAAAGGAGAGGUAGUCAGCAACAGCAAAAGCAUCGCUGUGAAUUACUUGAAGAGUUGGUUCUUAGUUGACCUCGUAGCAGCUCUACCUUUUGACCUCCUCUAUGCCUCUGACGUCUACAGUGGAGAGGAAUCAGGUCACAGUCAUAUCCAUCUGGUGAAGCUCACCAGGUUACUGAGGCUGGCUCGCCUUCUCCAGAAAAUGGACAGAUAUUCUCAGUACAGUGCAAUGAUACUAGCAUUGCUGAUGAUUUCCUUCACUCUCGUUGCCCAUUGGCUGGCCUGCAUCUGGUAUGUCAUCGCAGAAAAGGAAAGAUCACGAAAUGACAAAGAUUGGAAUCUUGGCUGGAUUCAUAUUCUCGCAGAAAGGCUCAAAAUUCCCGUUGAAAAUGUGACGCAUAUUGAGAGUUACGUGACAGCGUUAUAUUUCACCUGCAGCAGUCUCACGUCUGUGGGAUUUGGAAACGUAUCAGCUAAUACUACACCCGAAAAAAUAUUCUCCAUCAUGAUUAUGCUCGUCGGAGCCUUAAUGCACGCAGUGGUAUUUGGUAAUGUGACUGCAAUCAUACAAAGGAUGUAUUCAAGAAGGUCAUUAUAUCAAUCGAAAUGGAGGGAUCUGAAAGAUUUUCUUGUUCUUCACUCUAUACCAGAUGAGCUCAAGCAAAGAAUGCAAGACUACUUUCAGACGAUGUGGUCACUAAAUCACGGUAUCGAUAUUCACGAGACUCUCAAAGAGUUCCCGGAAGAGCUACGGGGCGACGUAUCGAUGCACUUACACCGAGAAAUUUUGAGUUUACCCAUAUUCGAAAGUGCUUCUCAAGGAUGCCUCAAACUCCUCUCGCUUCACAUAAGAAGCAAUUUCUGUGCUCCGGGCGAAUUCCUUAUUCACAAGGGCGAUGCUCUAUCUUAUAUUUAUUAUCUUUGCAACGGCAGCAUGGAAGUUAUGCAAAACAGCAUGGUUGUUGCCAUUUUAGGCAAGGGAGAUUUGGUAGGUAGUGAUAUUAAUGCACAGCACCCUCACCAUGGGGGAAGUGGAAGUGGCAUUGUGUCUACAGACGUUGUGGUGAAAUCAAGCUGUGACGUCAAAGCGCUGACAUACUGUGAUCUCAAGUGUAUCAACAUGCAGGGUUUGGUUGAUGUUUUGCGACUUUACCCAGAAUACCAACAAGUAUUCUCAAAUGAAAUUCAUCACGAUCUUACGUAUAACCUUCGUGAGGGUUAUGAAGCUGAGCAAGAGUUAGACAUGAACGGUCCGUCGUUGACUCUUCCGUCAAUUAGUGAGGAUGAUGAAAACGUUCCAGAAGAAGGUGAAACCUCCCCAUUAUCACCCCCUAACAGAUCGCCCUUACACGCAGCAAGUAGCCCGCGUCACGCGAAAUUCAGAGAAGGAAGAAGGCCGCUAAAAGCAGUUUUAGUUAGAAGUAGAACCACCACUGCUCCUGUCCACGAAAAUGUAGAAGAUCAUUAUCGAGGAUCAGUCGAAAGACUAGAUACACAAGUUUCUACUUUACAUCAAGAUGUCACAAUGCUCAGUUAUGAGGUAAGAAAUGCGAUUCAAGCUUUGCAAAUCCUGGCAAGCUCGCCUCAGAGUAAUCCCAAUCUUCCGUUGCCAAAUGGAAGAUCAGGAAGUGGGGUUUUGGCAAGAAGCUCAUCACAUCCUCCAGAUGCACUUUGUUGGAAUCCACCUCCUAGAUUGAUGGACGUUUGCACACAAUCGGAUUGGCCAGUUGACCUUUUGGAAAUUUGGGUCCGUUCUGACCCACAUCGUGUGCUCAAAAUUUUGGGUCUUGAUCCCGACGCCGUCCUGAGGCCAGCUCCUCCUUCGCCCACACCUUCCCCAUCUUCUCCACCACCACCACCUUACGAACCCCUUUCUCCAUUAGGUGGUACGCCUUCCAGAUCACCAGCCGAAUCUCAAGGCAAUUAUGAAUUUAGCAACGAUGGUGAUCAUCGAGGGAUUUCGAGAGUGUACCGAGUACCCUGGGAUUCCGAUAACAAAGUGUCUCAUCGAUUUAGUGCCGGGGAUGCUGAUCAUUCUUCAUCGCUUUAUCAAAACUUUAGCAAUCUGCGACGACUUCCGGAAACACGUUCUUUGACCUUCGAUCCUUUCGACAGCUGAGCAGCAGAUAAAUUAGAAUCGAUUAAAACAAAAAACAAUUGAAAACUCACUGCUCAUCAAUUUUCUUCAUCGAACUUCAUCAAUCUCGUUAAUCAAACCACAAACACUCUGUCCGAAAAAAUUAAACUUUCAUAAAUAUUAAAGGAGUAAAAAUUGUCUCUUCACUUGGACAUGUAAAUAUUUUAGGAAGCUUAUCUUACCUACGAAAGACCUUUUUAGUAGGGAUUUGUUCCCUCAGACGGAAUACAUUUUUCUGAAGAUAUUUAUAAUUUUUGUGUAGAUAUUAAAAACUUUGAGUGAAAUAUUAAUUCACCUACUUCAUAUCUAUAGAGUCGAGGAGAUAAAAUUAUGCUCUAAAUUUCAUAUCAAAUCUUUAAAAAAAACUUUGUCAAAUAAAUUUUUAUCUUUACAAAUCAAUAUUAAAAGAGGAUUUUACGUAUUUAUAGAGAUGUUAUUGCCUACGUAUAAUCAUAAAUGAUUUAUUGUCUAUAAAAAUGAUGAAUUAUGCCAAUCUGAGCUAAUUUUAUCGGAGACAUAUUUCAUCUUUAUAGGUACAAUGAAUUCAUUAUUACGCUAAUAACGGAGAGGGUAUCCACUCUUUUCACGCUGAUUUCACGUGAGAAAGAAAUUACGUUUGAAGGGAGAAGAGAUAGAUUUCAGAUCCUGACAUUAAUUCGGUGCUUUAAUUUUUAUAUUGCGAAUACAAUUUACGUCUUCUUGGAAUUUAGUUACAUCGUACAAUCCCGGAGGGAAUUACUCGAGCAAUGUUAUCUCUUAGGUUUUGUAUCCUUUACCGAGCCAAUUUUUCACUCCCGAGCCCCAAACCUAGUCCAACAUCCUACGAUGAAAAUGUCCACCAGGCUAAGAAAAAGCUACUUUUAGCCUUCCUGAAUAAUUGGUUUUCUCAUUGCCCGUGAUCUUUUAAAUUUUUUGUCAGUCUGGCUGAUUUCUGAUAUUUUAGAAAAGAGACUGAUACAAAUGUUUGCCAAUUGUAUCGCACUAGGAAUAAAUCUUUUUAUUUGAGAUUUUUAUAUUCAAAACAUGUUUGUUGUUAUUUCUGAUUUUUGGCAGUCGUCCAAAUUUUUGCAGAGCUCGAAUUUGGAAUAUGUUUUGUUUGAAAGCAUUUUAAAUUUAAGAUCCUUUGUUAAAGAGAUGGGACGCAUAAGAAGAUAUAAAUAAAUAUCAAACAUUCAUCGAGAAUUUUGGAUCACUAACUUUGACUUUCUUCUUACAAAAUCUAUCUGGAAAUCAUAUCCAGAAACUUAUAACAUAUCAGGCAAAUAUCACUAUUCUUAACCAUUGUUUCAAUGACGGCAAAGAAUUCGAUUUCAAACAAUAAUGAGCACAAAUUUAAAACUUUCUCGUAUUGAAAAGUGAUUAGUUAAUAAUUAUAUUGUUAUUUCCUAAAUAAUGAGGCGCUGUUUAGAAAAACACGUGGAGAUUCGUGUGCAUACUUAUACUCUUCCUAUCGAAGUUUCAUAUCAUUCCAUAUCAUAGAUCGUACGUAUUUGCUGCUGUGAUGCGUUAGACAUAUUCAUUAAUUCACACUUCAAAUUCAAAUAUAAUAUGUAUAAUUAGUUCAUCUGUAAAACAUGCUUCAAUUUUGUAUGCAUCGACCUUUUUUCAAAUAUCUCCCAUUUUCAACUCUCUAUAGAGUACAAUACAUUUUUUAUUGAUUUUAAAAAAAACGCUUUCAAACUGUCAUACACAACAAAAUCUCACAUAGGAUGCAAAGUGUUUCAGACAGUAUUGUCAGUUCCAUUAUUUUGGAAAAAGUGCACAGCACUGUUAAACAUUGAACGCAAUUGACGUCCAAUAUUUAGGCACAUAGUUAAUAAAAAUAAUAGUAAUUUUAGGAAAUCAAAUUGAAGAAAGAUCAAAAUAUACCCCAUCUAUCGGGAAAUUUGUGUCUUUAAGAAUGAAAUUGUACGACGGAAUAGCACGUUGCAAAUAGAAGGCUCAGCAUACAAAUUUAAGUUUAUGCUACAAUUUAAAUUAAGUUUAUUAUAAUAAGUACGCUGGGCGCCACUGUGUGUUUGUAUAAUUAUAAAAAAAA